AUGUUACGACCCGCGACCCCAUUAUCCAUCAUCUUUCUGGCGGCAUUCGUGCUACUGCUGCUCAGCACGCUGUCAACACCCGUUAUCAAGGGAAUACCGCUGGGCUCCUUCCAGGGCUAUAAUUUGGGAGUGCUCGGAUAUUGCAAGGGAGACACAUGCGAAGGCCCGCGGAUAGGAUAUUCCACAGGUGCGUAUUGACCUCCUAUCACAGUCGUUGAAUAUCUGACUGAGCGGGUAAUGCAGAUGGCCUCUUCUCGGGCGGUGAUACCGACUCCGACUGGUCUCUUCCCGCCUCGACCCGCUCGAGUCUGUCUUCCAUCCUCAUCGUCCAUCCUGUCGCCGCUCUCCUCACGCUGAUAUGCUUCGGCCUCGCCGUCGCCGCUCACUUCCAUGGCCCAAGCCAUUCGCCGCGAUUCCUCCUCGCCUUGCUCAUUCUGACCUUCCCGACCCUGCUGGUCACACUGCUCGCCUUUCUGGUGGAUAUCCUGCUCUUUAUUCCGCAUAUGGCAUGGGGCGGUUGGAUUGUGCUGGCAGCUACCAUCUUGAUUGUUGGCUCGAGCAUAGUAACAUGCGCCAUGCGUAGGACACUGGUCAGUAGGAAGGCGAGGAAGAAGCGCAUCGAAGAGGACGCCGACAUGAACGGACAAAACUACUACGAGAAUCUGCACCAGCAGCGCGUGAUGGCAGCCGAGUCGCUCCCGAAGGCAGACAGCCCGCCUCCCAUGAGCGGGAGUACGGCCGUCGACAAGGGUGCUCAAUUUGGGGCGUUUGAGAUGAAGAGACAUGACACGCAUGAAUCGCAGGUUCAGAGUGGAAGUGGCAUGAGCAUGGACGACAGAACACCGCUCAACCCGACCAGGGAUCCGAGCAUACGAUCCGCAAGCUCGAAUGGUGGAAGGAUGCCGUACGGGAGAGAUGAGAAUGCGCCUCCUAUGCCAAUGGGCCGAUCUAGCAAUGAUCAUCCGAACGGCAUGCCUAGAAGACCGAGUAGGGAUCAAUACGGCAAUCCCCUUCCUCUCGGCGCAGAAAUGGGCAUGGCUCUCGCUCCUGGACUGAGGCAUCAGAACUCGCAAGGUUCUUUGGGGUCAAACCGAUCUAAUGGAUAUGCCGGCGGUCGAGGAGGACACGGACCACCUCCCAGAGGCUACGGACCACCGAGAGGCGGCUAUGGACCACCGAGGGGAGCGUACGGGCCGCCAAGGGGUGCUUAUGGACCGAGAGGCGGACGAGGAGGUUAUGGUCCGCCACCUCCCGGAUUCAACGGCCGUGGUCGAGGCUACGGGCCACCACCUGGCAUGAUGGGAAGGGCAGGGCCGAUGCCUCGCGCAGGCCCGCCCCCCGGACCUCCAGGCUACGAUCUCGACCCUUACUACGCCGGCGCUACACGGAAUGGACCUGCUCCCCAAAUGAAUCAUCCUCCACCGCCAUCAGACGCUCAGUUUUUGGCUGGAACGAUUGGUCAGGCGAUCGAGAUGGACGAGCGCACUGGCAGCCCACAGGUAUCUCCAACACACCAAGACAGUCACCAGUACGGUUUGAGAGACAGCGACGUAGAUGUCGCAGGAAUGGUGGGCUUGCAGCAAAGAGGAGACCAUCAAUCGCCUCCACCAGGUUCAGUACGGCAGGAGAGUCACAGGAGCGAGCCGAGAAGUCCGGCCAGCAUUUACUCCGACCAGUAAGUGAACCAUUGAUACCGAAGGACGAAACUAGUCCGCUAAUUACCUAGAUACGUUCCACCACGCGCAAAUUGGAGUGCAGUACCCGCGCCGCUCGAUCAGAACCAGCAGCAGCAGCCAGGCCUGCGGGCGACGAUGGAGACCACCUCUUCCGAUCCACAGUCUUACGCAACUGCACCAUCGUCUCGUGCUCCGCCGCUGUCGCCAGUACCGGCAUCGCCAACGCUGUCGUCGCCCGGCCAUGCAGCCAAUGGCGCGAGACACCAUCGAUCCAACAGCGAAAAUUACUACGAAGACGUCGAUCCGCGCUUCGCAGCAGACGCGCCUCCACUACCACCACCUGUUGCGGCAGAACAGUAUCAUGCGAUUGAUUCAAAUCCACAUGCCAACCGGCAGAGCGGUAUUCCCCACGCGCUCACGCCCGGACCUGGCCAAUUCACAGGACGUAUGCAAUCCCCUCCUCCUACUCAAAACAUCCCUCCAUCGAACUACUUGAAUCCCGAUGCCUACGCGGCGGGCGGACAUGGACCCGCUAACCAUUCCAACAGCUCAUCGUCUCUAGCGUUGGAGCAAUACCGGCCGCAUUCCGACAACAGCCAAGGCCUUGAACCCAUACCCGACGGCGCGAGGAGCCCUGGGGGCAGCGAAGCCAGCCAUUUCACUUCGGUAUCACAACGACCCGUGAAUCCAAACUGGAGACCAGGGCCUGGGAUGGCCCCUCCGGGAAUGGCCAGUACCCUUGGUGGCAGCUCCGCUUCUGCUGCUCAAAGGCGCAAAGAGGAUGUCAUUCUGAACGCAAAUCCCGAUUUCAGUCUUCCGGGCGUUGGGUUACCUGGGAGGGGGCGAGGCAGGGGAAGAGGGGGCGCGGCGUCAUUGCGUGGAGGUCCAAUGGCUGCGGCGACGAGCGGCCUCACGCCUGAUUCGAGGUAUCCGACUCCUCUCUAG